CAAAAAUAGAAUAAUUUUUAUAUACUAGUAAUAGACAAUGUGCCUCAUAAAAUAUAGACCACAAAAAUUUACGUUGGCAAUGAAAUGAAUGAUUCCCAAUGAAGAAGAGUCGAGAUCCACUAAUUGAAGAAUUACUAAAAUUAGUGAGAAUAGAAGAAAAGCAGUCCCAAAAUUGAUUCCUUAUCUCCCCUUUGCACCCCAUUCCAUUAAUGAUCUAGCGAGACCAAUUUAUUAAUCUUCUCCACCGUACUCGCUUCCUUCUCCUCUUCUCCUCCUCCUCUUCCUCAUCCUCGUCGACCCUUUUGAGGGCGACGGUGGGAUCAGAAGAGAAAAAUAAAAAAAAUGGCGCCGUUGUCGAAAACGCAUCAGCUCCUAGAGAUCAACAUCAUCUCGGCCCAGGAUCUCGAGCUGGUCUCGAAAUCCAUGAAGACGUACGCCAUGGCGUGGAUGAACCCGAAGCGAAAGCUCACGUCGCGCGUGGACGACCUUGGCAAGAAUAAUCCUACUUGGAAUGAGAAGUUUGUGUUUAGGGUGGAGGAGGAGUUUCUCAAGCAGGACAACUCCGCCGUCAUGAUCGAGAUCUAUUCCAACAGCUGGUUCCGUGACGUCCUCGUUGGCACCGUGCGCUGCCUCGUCGGGAAUCUCAUCCCCCAGACCGGCCGCUCUCACAACGGCCAGCCUUAUAUUGGCAUGCGCUUUGUUGCCCUUCAGAUACGCAGGCCAUCGGGGCGGCCACAGGGUAUCCUAAACAUUGGAGUGGCGCUACUGGACAGCUCAAUGAGAAGCAUGCCGUUAUACACGCAGCCUGCCAUGUCGGCCGUGGGGUACCAAAACCUGAUGGAGGAUCCGGACGCGCUUGAAGAAUAUUCGGGUGAUGAGGCUACGCUGCGCAGGUCAAGAAGCGGACGCAGCGAGAUGACAGGGUUCGGCAAUUACUCUCCCAGCAGCUCCAUCAUCAUAGUGAAGCCCAAAAUCGAAACUAAAGAGGCCUCGAUUUUGAGCAUCACGGAGUGCAUGGUCCCCGUUGAGACCGUACGGAAGGUUGGCAAGGCCAGUUCCGUCAUUUGUGGUGCAGAGCUCAGAGACGACAGGCGAAGACCCGUCCCCACCAAAACCAGGGCCAGCUCAGUCGUCAGCUAUUCCGUCAAGAGCGUCAAAAAACCCGAAUCCACUUCAACGAAAUAUAUUUCAACGAAACACGUGGACGUCAAACAGCUAACGAGAAUGUAUGACGCCAACGACGGGAUCGAACACCUCCCGGCCAACGAAAAACCUAAAGACGACAGUGGUAAUACAACUGAGGAUCCCAACCAGCCACAAGAGCAACAGUACAUCAGUAUCAACAGGGGCCACGCGGGGUGGUCGGACUCGGAGGUGGGGCCAUCGCCGUCGGAGGUGGCGGCGGCGGUCAUGGUGGAGAGGCGGUAUCCACUGCAGGACGACAAGGAGAGCUCGGUGCUGGACGGGUGGAGCAUGGACGAGAGCGAGGAAGGGCUCCGGUCGAAGCUCGAGAGGUGGCGGAUGGAGCUGCCGCCGUUCGAAAACGCCGGCGCAGAUUACACUCCGAGUAGCUACAAGUCAUCGACGACGCGGGACGAAGAUAAAGACGGAAUGUUUACUUGCUUUGGGAAUGUGUUUGGAUAUGAAUGCCAAUGCGUCUGCGGCAAGCCACCGGGAGACAACAACCAGCGCCUAACGUCGCCGGAAUCUUCGCCGGACAAAUCAUCCAUCUAUUGAAGGAGUGUGGGUGCGGCGUGAGAAGUUUAGAUGGAACGAUGAGAUAGUCGAUCUAGUGUUCAAUCUACUGCCAAUAAUGGUGUUAUUUUUCAUUGUUUCUUUUUUUUUCAUCUCUAUGUUGUUUUGUUUCACUUUUGUAUUUUGGCAUUGAUGAUUUCAAAUUUUGGUUUUGAAUAAUUUGAUUGGGAUAUUUUUGAA